CUUCCUCUUUGCUGCGUUGUAAAUAAUCAAUCCAAGAAACCGCCGAGAAAAUGACGCAUUGCACAUGCAUACUACAUGCCGCUUGCGCGGUAUGCACGCAAAUGUCACGGACAUGCGAUCAAUUAACGCGCGUAUAUGAUUCAAGUGAUAACGCACAUUUGCCGAGUUAAAAGUAUCCAUUUUGUGUUUUAAACGCAUUUUUACGCUUUAUCGUUUUUAUUUUUUAUCCUAAAACUGGAAUUUAUUUCAUUUUGUAUGCAGAAAGUCCGAGAAGAUGCAAGAUGAUACAAGAAGAUUUAAGAUUUCACUUUCUCAGCUAUACUACAAUUUAUAUUGUGUGUAAAGAAAGUAAAAUAAAAAUAUGUUUAAACAUGAAAAAUAUAACAGAAAAUAUGUGAAAUAUUGAAUUCAAACAUAAAUUUUUUUAUGACGAUAAUUCACACCGUCGUCAUGAAUGACGACGUUGCACAGUUUGACGCUAAAUAAUCAAAUCGGUGCUUGUUACACGAGUCACGGAACGGGGAAAUAUUGAUCAAAGCGCUUGCUUGACCGCUGACAGUGUGCAUCCAUAGCGAUCGUGGUAGUUAUGUGCGGAGGAAUUGUCGCACGAGCGUCGCACAUUCGAAACUCGAAACUGGAGUUCUUAUUGCUACUUUUCUCGAUCGCGCACUUACCGUUGCUGCGAUACACCGAUGCCAAAAUACUCCGUGGUGAAUUGGUGACAAACAAAAACUGGGCUUUUCUUGCGAGAUUCUGUUUUCUAACGGAGCGUGGUACUUUCCGAUACCACUUCCAAUUAGGGGGCGAAGAGCGUGAUUUAAAUCUUUUGCUGUACUAUGAUGGACCUCAUCAGUGGCGCAGCGUUUAUCCUUCCAAUAAGUCAUGUCAAGAGAAAGAAAGUGUUCUCGAUAUCAGUCACGGUCAAAUAAUACCGCUGAAUACAUCGAUAGAUUUCUUCUCGGGAUGCGUAGAGGGUGACGAUGGUAUAAUUCGAUGCGACAGUCAGAGGAGAUUCAUCUCGGUGCGACCGAGAUGGUGGUUCAUGGUUUUAGCCGACUGCUCUUCCACGAAAGGUUUGAACGUCUCGUAUUGGUUAUCACUGACUAACGCGCCGGCCGGUUCAUUCUGGAAGGAGCACUUCUCCGCGGAUGAAUUCUAUAUAUUGCCGCUGCUGAUAGCGACCGCUAGCAUUUACGUGAUACUCGUCACACUCAGUUUCUACGUAGCGUUGCAGCUGCGCUCCAGGAGAUUGCUGCACAUAUCCUAUAAGCUGUUCAUGGCCUCCCUGCUGUGUCAAUUAUUGGGUGCAUUGUGCGAGAUUUACAGUUACGUUAAUCUCGGUCUGAGAGGAACAUCAGUGGAAAACGCUUACUUAUUAGGCCAGCUCUUGGAAGCGAGUUCCGAGACUCUGUACACGUUGCUCAUGCUGCUGUUAGCGCUCGGCUUUACGGUUACCAAAAGUGUCCUUACAGCGCCGCAAGUCCGAUGGCUUAUGGUGUUUAUCGGUCUGACCGCUUUCUUUCAAAUGUCGCUGUUUAUCUAUCAAUUUGAAGGAUUCGAUCCCGGACAGGUGCUGUAUAUUUACGAAUCGCCAGCGGGCUACUUUUUGAUAGCGUUAAAGUUGAUCGCCUGGUUCGUGUUUAUCACUCGUUGUUGCAAGACCAUCAGGAAGAUGAAUACAAAGCUCCAUUUUUACGCUUCGCUACUUUCUUUGGGAUCUGCGUGGUUCCUCUGUCAUCCAUUAACGGUGUUGACCAUCACCGUAUUCGUAGAUAACUGGGUGAGAGAGAGCGUCGCCAAAGGAAGUUCCCUUUGGAUUGUCUUCUUGGGUCAUAUAACAUUUUUAUAUGUAACUCGACCAUCUGUGAACAACAAACGUUUUCCAUUCCACAUUAGGACAUUCCGAGUUGUGCCUAUAGGUGGUCACGGGCAGGAUCAUAGUUAUGAGCCUGGUCCUCGAACUGCAGUCACAGCAUUUACUAUCUCACGAACACCAACUUACCUUAGUCAACCACACUAUACGUAGAUGACAAAAAUAAUAGAUAGGAAAGUGCAAUUAUUGGUGGACUGCACCAUUAUUGAAAUGCCUUAAAAAAUAAUUUUUGUAAUAUCGGAUUAUUUUUGUACUAUACUAUGAUUUAAUGCAAUUCUGCAUUGAUCUGCAUCCUGUACCAGGAUGGACAUGUGAAAAAAAUUUCAAUAGCCGAAUAAUAUUGAUAGCAAUAUUGAAUUGCCACUGGCAAAUAUUUACAUGUAAGUAAUUUUAAAACUAUAAUGAAUCAUA